AUGGCCAGUUCCGCAGCGAGCAGACCCAGUGAGGAAUAUCGCCUAGAAAGCAAAGUGGACGGGUUUCCUCCGAACAGCACCAGACCGGAUGUGGGAUUUUUGGUUGUGAAACCCACGUGCAAGCGGGCUUGUGUGUGCAAACGGGCUACCAGAUCUCUGCAGUGUCGAGCCCAGGGGCCGUGGGGCUGUGUUCUCCAGAACGGGCCCCAGCCCACGGAACCGGUUUCAUUUCCUGAGACCCUGGUCGGAGAAGCCUUCCACGAUGGGGACUCCAGGUUUAGCAAAAACCUGUUCUUCCCAGCUGGGUUGUUGCGGUUUCAUGUCUUACUUACAGAUUUGCUCUCUUUUUUUUUUUUUUCCUUCUGUUGUGAGGCUGGGAAACUUGCAAUUUUAUCUCAGCGGGGACGGGGUUGCAUUGAUGGGUCUUAG